AGGGAUCACAUCAGUCAGAGUUUAGGUGACUGAGCGAUCUUGGAUCAACUUGGAAGAUGAAUUUCACCAUUUUAUUGUUUGUGUCGAUGUUCUGCGGCUUGAUUUUGGCCCAGAAUGAUGCUCCUGAUGCUACUGGAACAGAAGAAACUGGUGAAACAAAGUCCUGUUAUCCUGACAUGUGUGAUCUCCUGACAGAGUUUGGUGCCAUGAGAGAAAAACUCACAUCUGUGGAAACCAGACUGGCGGCCAGUGAAACCAGACUGAAGGAGAGUGAAGCCAGACUGAAAGACAGUGAAAACCAGAUUCUGGAACUGAGAAACAAAGAAAGGACCAAGGUGAUGUUCAGUACAGCAAUAGGACAAGGUAACAAACACAUUGGACCCUUCAACACAGACACAACUUUAAUCUACAGAAGAGUGAUAACAAACAUCGGUGGUGCCUACAGUCCAUCCACAGGUAUCUUCACUGCACCUGUUGCAGGUGUUUAUUAUUUUACAAUCUUCUAUCAUGCUGGAGGAACAACGCCGGGAAUGCUGUUGCUGUACAAGAACGAUGACUUGGUGGUCGUGACCCAUGAUUACAUCUCAGACGGAGCUGAUAACGGAGGAAAUGCAGCAUUCCUACAGCUGCAGCCAAGAGACCAGGUGUAUGUGCGCUUGGGUGCAAACUCACAUGUUUGGGGAGCCGACUACAGUACAACCUUCAGUGGUUUUCUGGUCACUCAAAUGUGAGAAUCGAUGUAUAUCUUGUGAAUCGAUUAAUUUCUGUGUGAAGAUGGAUGUAAACAUCUGAUAUCACUAUAUACAUAUAUCAUUGCCAUUGUAUUUUAAAAUAUGAUGAAACAGAAAGGUUUUUGCUGAUAAUAUAAAGUCUGAAAAU